AUGGAGGGGAGCGCAGCGGGUUACAAAGACAAGGGCAAUGUCGCCUUCAAGGCUGGCAGCAUGGCAGAAGCUGCGAAGCUAUACGCAAAGGCGGAAAAAUUGGACCGAAGCGAUCCUGUCUACCCCUCUAACCUGAGCGCCGCUCUGUAUGAAAUGGGAGACUACUUGGGCUCGAUGAAUGCUAUCCUGCGUUCAUGGAGGCUCCUGCGUUCCCGUUCCGACUCCAAACCGGACCUCAUUCUGCGGUUGUCCAUUCGUCUCGCCAAGGCUUUGUGCAACGGCUUCCGUAGUGGCGCCAUCUCUCAAGGAGUUCUGGAGGAGCAUGUAACUGAUACAAAGGACGUAGAAGAGACAGCUCUCGAGCAACCUUCCACGAGUUCUAACGCCGCUGCAUCUGAAGAAGUUGUUCGCGUCUGGAAGGACUGGAGACAAAUGGAGCCCGACAUUGCUGGACACGAUGUAGCAGCACAUAGAUCUCUCAGUAAGUUUUCUCAUUUCUCAAUUUAUACGAAGACAAUGGACCCUACAUUGGAGUUCUACUCUAUCGGUCAGGACGAUGUAAUGAGUAUCUUGGAGGGCUGGGGCCCUCACGAUCGUUACCCCUUGAAGCUCAGUGACCUGUCUUCUGACCGUCUCUCCAAUCUUGCGUUCUUCUUUGGAGGGGUAGGCGAUGCGCGCCAUAUCCAUGGUAGCCUCAUCGGGUUGCACCAUGCUUUCCAGAAGCUGAACAAACCAAAGCGCUCCAAGCUCCACGUCCACAUGACGUUGCUGGACAUCCAUCCUGCCAUGCUCGCCCGCGACUUGUGCAUCUUCAUGCUCGUGAACGAGCUUAUGGAAUGCACUGAUUCCACUGCUCAGACAGAGAUUCGUGCGACUCUCAUGUAUACGUUUGCUGGUGUCGUUAUGCCGCGCUAUUGCUUGGAGCGAUUGAAACAAGUGGUACGAGAUCUGCGAAGCCGACUCUCUGAGGCGCCUCCUCGUCUACCGCCCUGGAUAUACGUGGUCAAGGAUUCGAUCCCAGGCAUACUAACCAUUCUCGACUACUGGGCACUACCUAUCAACAAAACGACGACAGGCAUUCUGGAAGCUCAUGACUAUGUCGUACCAGGGGAGAGCAGCGCCGAACUAUUGUCCGCGCCCGGGAUGGGCUCAACAUUUAAAGACAUGGUCACAAACAAGAGCGAAGGCCAACGCGCUGUCAUCUCGAGCUUCUUGAACAAUAUGCCUGACAAGGAACUGAUGAACGCGCCGUUCCUCCCGCGAAACGUGACCGCCGCGGAGGCUCGCAAGUUCGUGAAGGACCACCAUGAGAAACUUGUGGACGUCAUGAUGGAUGGAUUCGAGGACCAGUCGAAGAAGCUCACUGGAGAGCAGAAGUGGUACAAGAGGACGAAGGUGUUCUUCCCUCCAUCCGAGCUGCGCAAGCGCCAUGCUGGGUUCGACGAAGCAUUUCGUCUUGCGAAGGCUGGCUCUAAGCAGUCGCAAGCUGCAAAGAAAAAGCUCACGAACCACAUCAAGAACGAUUGGGAAGUAAACAUCACGCUCUUUGACAAUGACUUCACUGAGAACACUGCGUGGUGCCCCACUGGAUACCCAAGUCUAGACAUGGAUCCGUUUGGGCCUAUCGAGAUGUUCCACCUUUUCAAUAAGCGUCUCCAGCUCGACGCCAAGGCUACCCAGGGAGAAAACGAUGCGCGCACAUUCCAGACCUCCUCCACGUUCUUUGGCGCUGUUGCAGAGGCUAUCAAAGCUUUGACGAGACACAUCACUUUGGAGUUUUUGGUGGGCGGCAUUACAGAAGAGCUGGCAAAGAUGACGUUGAAGGUUGAUCACACGCGCCCGGACUCCUUCCCAAGAUUGUACACGCGUAUGUGGCUCAGCAAUGUACAGGAUUAUACGCAUGGCGUGAUGAAUAUGACAGCAUUCAUUGUUCCUAGCCUGCGUUGCGAGGCGGAAUCCGCGGCUGCGACCAAUUGCUUGCUCAAUACGGGCUCUUGGAAUGGCGAUGAGGAGUUUUGUUACACUUACACACUUCUUACGUUUGCUGAUUUACCACGGUACCUGGGCUGCAAAGUAAUUUGUAAAGAGGCUGUGAUGGCGGUACUGUCACUGGGCAGUCAACCGCUUCCUCGCCCGCUCUCCGAGCUGGCAUCCCGUGAGGAGCUUACGACAUGGCUCACCCGUGUACUCCUGUACACGGUCGUACCCGGCAAGAGCAAACCUGCACCGUACAAGAUCCGCCUGCCGCACAACCUAGCGGCCUUCGUCGGGCUUCUCAUCCACCUCCACCGUGUAGGCUUCCCCGCGCACUGGCUCUCCGAAUUCCUCAAGGGAAUCCUCUCGGGCGGCAUCGCCACGGAUCUCGUCCCAUAUCGCGAUUUCUACCCUAUCCCGCUCGCGGACGCCCACCGGCGUGUGUCACGCCGUCGCCUCCGGCUCGAUCCCUGGCUCGUCGAGCUCGAGACCUUGCUCGCGACAGUGCAGGCGGGGCUCCCGUUCCCCAUCACGCUCCCCACUCAAGCCACGCCGCUCCCGCCGCUCGAAGACAUAGUGCUAUUUGAGGCUGAGGCGGAGCCACCCGUCAUCGCUCGCCCGCCAUGGGCAUACACGAGCCCGUUUGAUCCCGUCAUCAACCUGUUGUUCUUCCGUGGGCCCGCGUCACGGGCCGCUUCGCUCGUGAGCUCGAUUCCUGCGAUAUUUGAGGGACGUGCGGACCCGGCCCCGGGCAGCAUGUUCGUGCUGACGUCACUCGAGAGCGUCGAUUGGAGAGCGACGAUCCGCUGGCGGAUGAGCCGCGUGCGCGUGGAGCGCAUGCGUCGGGAGGAGUGGUAUAUGAUCGCAUAUCGCGUCGAUAUUUACGAGCCUUCGACGGGCCCUGUCCCGAUUUCGAGAUGGACGUACAUUGGAGAUGGCAACGAUGCGUGA